AUGUCGAUUGUUACUAAAUGGAAAAAAACUAGUUAUACUCUCGAUCAUGACGAUACUGAUCAGACAAAUCGUACAAGAGAUUAUUCAACUAUACCAGGAAUGGCAUCAAAGAACAAUUUACAAUCAACUGGUUCGGUAAUUACUGAAGAUAAUGAAUUAAAAAGAAAUUUAUUUAAAGAAAAUAAUCCCAAUGGUAUAAAUGGACAUGGAGAAUCUAAUGUUGUUAUUGAAGAUGACCCAAAAGAAAAAAAAUUUGCAAAGAAAAAACCAGCUGGUCGAGAUUUAAAAUUCCUCGAAAUUUAUAAAUUCGCUGAUCGACUCGAUUAUCUUCUUAUGUUCAUUGGUAGUAUAGCUUGCGUAUGUACUGGUGUGGUAUUUCCAUUGAUGAUGUUCAUAUAUCAAGGUGUUGCAUCAUCACUUGUUAGUGCUGGUGUUGAUGCUAAUCCUGAAUUUAAUAUAACACAACUUAAUAUUAAUCCAGCAUGUAUUCCUCAAGCACCAAAUUCUACUUCAAGUGUGACAGCAGAAAUUCGAGAUAGAAUUAAAUGGUAUAUUAUAUUAGGUUGUAUAAGUAUACUGUGUUAUUGGAUUGGAUUUUCAUUUUGGAUGAUUGCAGCGGAACGUCAAGUUCGACGUAUGAGAUUUGCAUUAUUUCGUUCAAUUAUGAAUCAAGAAAUGGGAUGGUUUGAUAAAUUAAAUCCGGGUGAAUUAAGUAGUCGUUUAGUAGCUGAUUUAGACAAAAUUCGUGAUGGUUUAGGAGAUAAGAAAGCUGAAUUUAUCAGUUUAAUUUGUCGAGUAUUAGGUGGUCUCAUAUUUGCUUUUACUACCGGAUGGAAAUUAGCAUUGGUGUUUAUAUCAAUCAGUCCAUUGACUAUUAUUACAUUUAAUAUUCUAAUGCGGGUAAUUGUAAAAUUUACGAGGAAAGAAGUACAAGCAUAUUCAAAAGCAAGUGCUGUAGCUCAAGAAGUUCUUGGCUCUAUAAGAACAGUAACCGCAUUUGGUGGACAAAAGAAAGAAGAAGAAAGAUUUGCAGAGAAUUUAAUUGAAGCAAAGCAAAUUGGUAUAAAGAAAGGUCUUUAUAUGGGUAUAGGUCAAGCUGUGGCUCAAGUUGCAAUUUAUUUAUCAUUUACUGUUACAUUUUGGUAUGGACCACAUCUUGUUCGAACAGAAUGUGAAAAUUAUAAUGCUGGAACUGUGAUUGUUGUUUUUAUAUCGUGUUUACAAUCAACAUUUAGUAUUUCUCAGAUAGUACCAAAUCUUCAAGCUUUUGCUGAAGCAUCUGGUAGUGGUGGCUAUGUAUUUGAUAUUAUAUCAAGAAUAUCCAAAAUAAAUGCAUUUACCAAUGAAGGUAAAAUGCCAUCGACUGUUAUUGGUGAUAUUGAAUUAAGAAAUGUUUCAUUUACAUAUCCAGCUCGAGAAGAUACACCGAUUUUGAAAAAUAUUAGUAUGAAAAUUCCAUCAGGUAAAACAGUUGCUUUGGUCGGAGCAUCUGGAUGUGGAAAAAGCACAAGUAUUCAAUUAAUACAACGAUUCUAUGAUCCAGACGGUGGUCAAGUUUUACUCGAUGGAGUUGAUAUCAAAACAUUAAAUGUCACUUGGCUUCGAAAACGUAUUGGAGUUGUUAGUCAAGAACCAGUUCUUUUUACUGGGUCAAUCGAAGAAAAUAUUCGUUUCGGUAAACCAGAAGCAACUGAUGAUGAAGUUCAAGCUGCUGCUAAAAUGGCUAAUGCACAUGAGUUCAUCAUGGACCUUCCAGAAAACUAUAAAACAACAUCAGGUGAUAAACUAAGUGGUGGUCAAAAACAACGAGUUGCAAUUGCACGAGCAUUGAUUUCCAAUCCAAAGAUUUUAUUAUUAGAUGAAGCAACAAGUGCACUUGAUAAUACAAGUGAACGAGUUGUUCAAGAUGCAUUAGAUCGUGCAAAAGAAGGUCGAACAACAAUUGUGAUUGCUCAUCGUUUGAGUACCAUACGAAAUGCUGAUUUAAUAGUUGCAUUGGACAAAGGUGAAGUAAUUGAAUAUGGAAAUCAUGAUAAUUUGAUGGCGAAAAAAGGUCUUUACUAUGAAUUGGUAGUUGCUCAACAACGUAAAGAGAAACAUGAAGAUCCAGAUUCAUCAGAUGAAGAUGAACCAGAAGCAACAAAAGAGGAUAUGAUUCGUAAACGUACAAUGUCAUUUGGUUCUGUUGUAUCAGCAGCAUCUGAUACUCCUGAUGUUGCAGCUGACGAUACAACUGUUGAAAUAAAGAAAAAAAGAUUUCUUCGUCAACCAUUUAUUUUUAAAAUUCUUAAACUUAAUUUACCUGAAAUAAAUUGGAUUAUACUUGGAUGUAUAACAUCUGUUAUCUUCGGUUGUUUAACACCUGUAUUCGCAUUCUUUUUCUCAAAUAUCUAUGGUUUAUUUGCUGAACGAGAUUUACAUAAAGCAAAUGUAUUAACACGUAACUAUGCAAUAAUUAUCUUUUUUACUGGUGUUCUUGGUGGUAUAUGUCAAUGUAUCAGUAGUAUUGCUUUUUCAAAAAGUGGUGAAGCAUUAACAAUGCGUAUGCGUGUUAUGUCAUUUGGUUCAAUGCUUAGACAAGAAAUCGGUUGGUUUGAUAGAGAAGAAAAUGACCUUGGUGCUUUAGUAACUCAACUAUCUCAAGAUGCAGCUAGUUUAAAAGGUUUAUCUGGACAACGAAUGGGUGUUAUUUUAAAUGCUUUCGGUGCCAUUGUAAGUGCAUUGAUAAUGGCUUUUACAGUUGGAUGGAAAUUAACAUUAGUUAUUUUAUUAUUUAUUCCAUUAAUGAUCUUUACUGGUAUGUUACAAGGAAGACGAAUGGCUAAUGCAAAAAAACCUACAGAAAAAAAAGCUGGAAAAUUAUCUUGGGAUGAACGAGGAGGACAGUUUGCAACAGAAGCAAUUGGUAGUGUUCGAACAGUUGUUGGACUUCAUCAAGAAGAGUAUUUUAUUUCACAUUAUGAAGAUUGUUUUAAUAAAAGUUUUCGACAAGCGAUGAUUAAAACUCAAAUCCAGUCACUUGGAACAGCUUUAGCAAAUUCAUUAAUGUUUUUUAUUCAUGCUACGGCAUUUGGUUAUGGAAGUGUUUUAGUAGAUAAUAAAGAAAUGAAAGUUGAACAUGUAUUUCGAGUUUUUUCAGUAAUUACUUUUGGUGCAAUGAGUGUAGGACGAUCGACAGCUAUGAUACCAGAUUAUGCUAAAGGAAAAGAAAGUGCAAUUAGAAUAUUAAAUUUAAAUAAACGUCAAUCAAAAAUUAAUCCAGAAAAUACAGAUGGAAUUGUAUUGAAUAAAAUGACUGGUAAUAUUAAAUUUGAAAAAGUUAAAUUCAUCUAUCCAUCACGGCCAACAUUGCGUGUCUUAAAAGACUUCAAUUUAUUAGCAAAUGCUGGUCAAACAACUGCACUUUGCGGACCAAGUGGUUCAGGAAAAAGUACAUGUGUUGCACUUCUUCUUCGAUUUUAUGAUCCAUAUCAAGGUACUAUUUAUCUUGAUGGUCAUGAUAUUCGAACAUUAAGUUUAACAUGGUUACGAGCACAAAUUGGAUUUGUUCAACAAGAACCAGUUUUAUUUAAUUUAAGCGUUAGUGAUAAUAUAGCAUAUGGUGAUACUACAAGAAUUGUUUCACAAUCAGAAAUUGAACAAGCAGCAAAAAAAGCGAAUAUUCAUGAUGUUAUUAUUUCAUUACCCGAUGGUUAUAAUACACUGUGUGGUACAAAAGGUAGUCAGAUGAGUGGUGGACAAAAACAACGUAUUGCUAUAGCACGAGCACUUAUACGUGAUCCAAAACUUCUUCUUCUUGAUGAAGCAACAUCAGCAUUAGAUAUUCGAAGUGAAAAAGUUGUUCAAGAUGCUUUAGAUAUAGCUCGUCAUGGUCGAACAUGUUUAACGAUUGCACAUCGUUUAGUAACAAUAAGAAAUUCAGAAAAAAUUGUUGUAGUCGAUCAUGGAAAAAUUAAAGAAAGUGGUACACAUGAUGAACUUAUGGAACAAAGAGGAAUUUUUUACAAACUAAAUAUGGCUCAGGAACGAGACGAAGAAUAA